AUGCCUGUUGAAACCGCCUACGACCCCAAGGACAUGCUGUUCCGCCACCUGGGACCUACUGGUCUCAAGGUCAGUGUCUUCAGUCUCGGUGGCUGGUUGACAUACGGCGGUACGCAAAAGGGCGAUAUCGUGAAGCAGAUUCUUCAGAAGGCUUGGGAUCAUGGUGUCAACACUUUUGAUACCGCCGAGGUUUACGCCAAUGGUGAAUCUGAGGUUGAGAUGGGUCGUGCCCUCAAGGAGCUCGGCUGGCCUCGUGAUGAGUACGUCCUCACCACCAAGGUCUUCUUCGGUACUGGCCGCAAGGAGCCCAACACUCGAGGUCUCAGCCGCAAGCACGUCGUCGAGGGUCUCAAGAGCUCUCUUAAGCGUCUUGAGCAGCCUUACGUCGAUGUUGUCUUUGCUCACCGUCCCGACUACGCUACUCCCAUGAAGGAGAUUGUUGAGGGAUUUACUCAGGUCAUUCGCAACCUGAACCUUGCUUACUACUGGGGUACUUCUGAGUGGACCGCUGCUCAGAUUACCGAGGCUACUCACAUUGCUGAGCGCUACAACCUCAUUGCUCCUGUCGUUGAGCAGCCUCAAUACAACGCCUUCCACCGUGAGCGCUUCGAGGUCGAGUACGCUCCCCUCUUCAACCAGUUCGAGUAUGGCACUACAAUUUGGUCCCCUCUCGCCUCCGGUCUCUUGACCGGCAAGUACAACAACGGAAUUCCCGAGGACUCACGAUUUGCCACCAACAAAGCCUUCUUCGAGAACACAGUCAACGAGCUGCAAAGCGAAGCCGGCAAGGCCAAGAUCGAAAAGGUCAAGAAGCUCUCCGAAGUCGCUGAGCGUCUCGGCGGAAACGUCGCUCAGCUCUCUCUUGCUUGGGCCCUCAAGAACCCCAACGUCAGCACCGUUAUCCUCGGUGCGACAAAGGUUGAGCAGCUUGAGGAUAACUUCAAGGCGCUUGAGAUUUACAAGAAGAUCGAUGAUAACGUUUUGGAGGAGAUUGAGAAGAUUCUCGAUAACAAGCCCAAGCCUGCUCCUACUUACAACCACGUCAAGAAUCCGUCUCAGACGUCAAAACACUUCCAUUCUUCUACUCUGCAGACCCUCUGGGCAUCUGUAGUUAUCCCGGCAUGGAGUAAGAACGAUACUUACGGGAUUUAUAUCGACGACUUUCCGAUCGACAGAUUAGUCUUUAAGAAAUCUAUUGGUCUACGAUUCGUAACUGAGAACAAUGCAAGAGCUUGUCCGCAUGGUCGAAGACUGCAAACCUGUCAAGAAGCAAAUGAUGAGGAAAUCGUCGACGAACUCGGUUCCUUUGUGAAGUUUAAGGAAGUUAUUCUCUCACUACUCGAAAAAUGUGAGAAGGAACAGUUAACAUCGUUCAGUUGGAGGGGCCUGAGCUUAGAUAACCUCAAAGUAUUCGCCGCUGCACUCAAAAACAACAAACCGCACCUUCAAACCUUGAAGCUUGACCUUGUCGGCUGGCCGCAUAUGCGAAAGGCGCUAGGCUAUCGAAACGAUGCAGAGAGAGUACACGGAUUACCAGCAAGAGAUUACAUCGACAAAAUGGUUCUUGGUCUCGACAUACGCUCUCCACAAAUCACGGUUCCCAACUUGCAUACUCUAGUUCUAAGCCACGUACCUAUGAAUACAACCCUGGUACAAGCUAUUGACUUUGAGGUUCUCAGAUCUCUAACAAUCAUGUCAUGCCCACACUGGUACAUCUUUGUGCUAGCAGUGGGAUGGCGCCAAGUCCCAGUCAAAUUAAAGAAGCUGGAGAUUCAGGAAUCAUGGCCCAAGCUGAUUUUCUUAGAUUAUUUCCAGGGCCUGGAAGAGUUCUAUCUUGACCAGGCCGGCGCGGUAGUUUCAAAGUAUACAUGGGAGAGUGUUUGCCAUCAUAGCUCUACACUAAAGAGAUUUAUAAACCAUUCAAGAUUCUAUGAUGAGGAGCUGGAAGACUAA